UGAUGAUGGGAUGGAUGGAUGGGAGGGGAUGUGAGCAUGACCGCAGGUACAGUACCCAGACUCGCACAACAUGUGCAAGCGACCAUGACCAGCACCAGCACCAGGACCAGCAAGCAGGAGCAGCAGCAGCAGGACGUGCCGUGCAGAUUGCUGUUACCCGACCUCACACAGGAAGCAAGCCAGAGCGGGCUAGUGUUCCCUUUUGAGGGGUAUGACAACUGCUGAGCAACCCAGUAUUUGUCCUUCUUCUCUUGGAUUUCUCUCUUUCCCCCAAGUCACGUAUAUGUAAUAUAAUUAUUACUGCUAGAUUUUGGACACGGGUUGGGAUCGUGGUAUGGGAUUUGUGGAACCCAAUGGCAACAGUACUUUGCUCAUACGACAUGAUCCAUGAGAAACGUGGUUGAGGUAUCCCGGGGUCAAUCUUCAUCGCACACCACCACUACAGGCGUGCCCACACACACACACACACACACACACACACACACACACAUACACACACAGACAGACAUAUACAGACAUAUACAUACAUACAC